GCCGGCCGGGCGCGGAGGGCUCCGGGGCGCGGGUGUGGGCUCUCUCGGGCAGCCGAGCCCGGCAGAUGGGCGCGUGAGAAGGAGAGUGGGGAGAUGGACUGCUAUCUGCGUCGCCUCAAACAGGAGCUGAUGUCCAUGAAGGAGGUGGGUGAUGGCUUACAGGACCAGAUGAACUGUAUGAUGGGUGCGCUGCAAGAACUGAAGCUCCUUCAGGUGCAGACGGCAUUGGAACAGCUGGAUAUUUCUGGAGGGCAUCCUGCCCCAGGCAACCCUGAAAGUCCGCAGACCCAGCCCGAGCACCCGCCAUGGGAGGGUGGCAGAGCGCCUGCCAGGCCCGCGGCCUGCUCCCUCUCCAGCCAGCCCCCUCUUGGCUGCAGCCCCAAGGUUCCACCCCACCCGAGUGUCUGUGGCAGGGAUACAGCCCCCCCGCCCAGGACACAGCCGCUGGAUCGCCAGAGCCGCGGCCAGCAGGGGUCGGAGCAAGUGGAACCCGAUGACUGGACCUCCACACUGAUGUCCCGGGGCCGGAACCGACAGCCUCUCGUGUUAGGGGACAAUGUUUUUGCGGACCUGGUGGGCAACUGGCUGGACUUACCAGAACUGGAGAAGUCUGGGGAGAAGGGUGAGCCUCGGGGGGCAGGGGAGCCCCAGGCAGAGAAAGGCCAGCCCCGGGAGCUGGGCCGCAAGUUCGCCUUGACCGCCAACAUCUUUAGGAAGUUCCUGAGAAGCGUGCGGCCUGACCGGGACCGGCUGCUGAAGGAGAAGCCAGGCUGGGUGACGCCCACAGCCUCUGAGCCCCGGGCCGGGCGCUCCCAGAAAGUCAAGAAGCGCAGCCACUCCAAGGGCUCCAGCCGCUGCGCCUUCCCGGGCACCGGGGAGCCCCGGAGAGCGGACAGUCCUGCCGCAAGGUGCCCCAAGGCCCUGGAGGCCUCACCCUCCGGCUUUGAUGUGAACUCAGCUGUUUGGGUCUGAAUCCCCGAGAUGGAAAGUUGACUGAACCUGACCAGGUCCCAAGGCUGGGCCGCGGGGAGGAGAGGGCGGGUGAUGUUAAGAAGGCCCAACUCCAAGUUCUCAGCACGGGGAGGAGGGGAGUGUGGC